AUGGUGAGUGAAGGGCCAGAAACAUACGACGUUGGAGCACUGCUUGUCAUAUGAUGCUGGCAAGCAAGCAAAUAGCACGUCAAGCAGCACCUGCACCGCCGCCAGACUGGACCUCGUCUUGCUCGCUUGUUCUGCUCCAGAAGAAUGAAGAAGCGUAGAAUGUAUCAGACGCGACGGCGCUCGGCCGCACCUGCUCUAUAUGUUGCACCUUUGAUCGGCCUUACUCCUGCUUCUUCUCGCCGGUCCACGCGCGGGUGUCAAGAUGAAAAGAGAUGGCAGCAGUAGGCGGGCGACAGAGUACAUAUAUACACACAAGGCAAGUCGCGGUGCUCCGUGGACCAGAUUUUGUGUCACUUGGGCGCUCGCUCCAUGUGCCGCGUGCACCAACCUUGUCUCGAGCCGCGUGCGGGUCCAUCUCGAUCGAUUGCACAACUUUUUGUUGAUCAAGUCGAGAUGCUGGAUCGACGAGUCGCCCGAGCAAGCAAUCCGACUCAUUUGCAUUUGUCUCGGUGAAAGAGCUGCUCACAUCAGCGUUCGACCCGUACGUCGCAUGUUCGAGCCUACGCAUGGACGAAUGGACGUGGGCAGACUCGUGCCUGCAUCGACUUUUCGCUGCUGCACCCAUCACACAGUAGGCUGGCAAUGCUGAGCCGUCAUGCCAAGGAGCAAGUCGGGUCACGAGAGUUGUCAGUGAUGCUGCACUUCGAUCGAGCUUCACUCGUGACUGUAGGCCCACGUAUCCACGAAAUACAAAUGGUCACUCUCCCUCGCCAGCUUCAUCAUCCCUCCCCCAUCCACGCCCAUUCGAUCACGACUCCUCCUCGCGACUCGAAUCGCAUCUUCACCUCCCCACUCAACGCCGUACACACCCUCUUCUCCCCAUCAUGAAGCUUCCCACUCUUCUGCUCUCCGGAGCUCUCAUUCUCUCUGUUGCGAUCCAAGGCUCCCUCGCUUGGACUCCAGCCAACGAGCCCAUCCACAAGCAAGUCGUCCAAGCUAAUGACGAUGCCAAGACAGUCGUCGACUCUUGCAACACCUGGCUCGGUCCCGGUCCAAGUCACAUGUGAGUGUGGAGGCGCUGCGUGGAGGAGCGCGAGUAGCGUCGCGGACACCAAUCCCUUGUCGCACGCCACUGAAGCUGACUUGUGCACUUUUUUGACUCUCCUCAGCCCAGCAUCUGGCGACACCGAGACGGCCAUCCUCAAGCUGGAUGCUACUCUAGAUCUAGCCACUGUUCUCUUGGCCAAAGCAGACGUGACCCUCUCCGCUUCGGACCUGCUCGACGUUAUUGCUCUCAUCAAUACGCUCAAAGUCGACGUCUCCAUCAUCGUUGGACUGGUCACUGCUCGCCUGUUGGACAUCAAACUGGGCGCAAAGGCUCUCCUCUUGCAGGGUCUGCUCGUCAAGCUUCAAGCUAGCAUCAAGGGUUUCAAGGAUGCCUGCGCAAAGAAAGCGUGAGUUUGCGCGCGAGUUUGCGCGCCUCGUGCUCCCUUCGCGUGCGUGCGUGCGUGCUCACCCUCUCACGCCACCCUUCUUCGUGCUCGCGCAGCUCUACCGAUUCGGCCAACAUCCUCAUCAAGCUCGCUCUGGACCUCGAUCUCGAGCUGUCGACUUGCAUUGGCCUUCUCGGCAUCCUUUGA